GUGAAAGAAAUUCGCCUGCAUCCCUCGUACCAGACCGGCCGCAGCCCCCGCAACGACAUCGCGCUCGUGGAGCUCCAGACGCCUCUGGUGUACAGCGCGGAGCUCUAUCCCGCCUGCGUGGCGGACGCCCAGCUCAACGCCCGCGUCCAUGCCGUCGCAUUCAAUCGCAGCUUCGGAAAGCCUACUUUCGAGUACGAGGUCGUGGGGAUGAAAGUGUCGCCCGAGUGUCGGGCGCAGGUCAACGAGUGUCCUACACUGCAGCUCUCCGAGUCGCAGUUCUGCGCCGAGGGCAGAGGCGGUGGCUCAGUUCUGCUCGUGGGAGGCUCGUCAGGAGGGCCGUUCUUGCAGAACCUCGUCAACGAAAGCGUCCCAGAAGCGUGGACGGUGUCGGGCGUGACGUCCUCGUCGUCCCGGACCGUGGAUUGCUCCGUCCCUGUCUUCACAAACGUCCAUUUGUUCUCUGACUGGCUCAAGGAUUCUGUCCUCGAGUUUAUGUCCAAGCUCACACUUCCGUGAACGAAGAUUUUUUCGCAGGGAGCAGGAGUUGCUUAAGAGAAAUUUAUUCUUUUAAAAAUUUGAAAUAUUAGUACUUCUGCUUCAUUCUAUACGUAGAUAUUGUUCCCUCUUACUACUGAGUACUACCUCUAGUGGUUUUACUUUUGGUAGUAUUACCGCUCCUGUACUUCUUAUUUUUCAAUGAUAUUCAAUCAGUUAUAGAGCGCAGUGGUGGUGUUGGAAUGUGUGAUAAGAUACGUAAAUGAUUGAUGAUUGGCCCAGGGAUGAUGAUGGAGCCUCACUGGGAACGAAUUGGGGCAUUUAUUAGCAAUAAAUUUAAAGCUAUAUCGUUUCCUGAUAAGAUAAGAGAAUAAUUUUAAGGUGAUAUGCUAUAAUUGCUUUUGAACGAUUGUCUCUCAACAAAUUUACCACUGACGCUCUUUUCUACUUCAAGUAAUAUGAUCAGCUGCUUUUCAACGGUUUUGAAAUCGAAAUUUAAUUUAUAAGCCAAAGUUUAUCAUAAGGGAAUAUUGAUUACCGAGUGAUGCUCCAGCACGCGGUAUAGUAACCACAUAAACACUCGGACUAAAUAACGCU